AUGAAUAUCCUGAAGAAAUUAAUUAGUGGAGGUGGAGGAGGCAAGAAAGAAACUCAAAAAAGCAACAAAAAUUCAUCAAAUGAUACUAACGAAGAUGUGGAAGACGAUUAUGAGCCUGAGCAUUGUGAAACUGACUUUGACCAGCAGUUUGAACAUGCUAGACGCAGUAUUUCAACAACUACAGUGCCUACUAUAACACAUUGCGAAUAUCGUAAUUAUUUUAUUAAACCAUGUUUUUAUAUUAGUAAUUAUCCAAAUGAACAAAAAGUAAAUACUCCCAAAUUCAUAGGCGGCAGUCCCUCACGAAGCAAUCGGAGUACGCCAAACCAAUCUGGAAAUCUAAAAUCCGGUCGUUCUACCAAAAGUCCAUCUCCUCUACAACCUCCAUCCACACAACGACCUCGCUUUCAAUCCUCGCCUCUGGCAGCCGCAAACUCAGUAGCAGUAAGAAAAAGCAGUAAAUCAACACCACUCAUGCAACGCAAGUCACAAACACCAGAAAAACCAGGAGUUUCUACUGGCAAGGAUUCCAUCCAACGAAAUAUGACAAUGACACAGCAAAAGCAGGCUAAAGAUUUUGUCGAGUCGCUUGAUUGGAUACAACCAACUCAACUAGUAUCAAGCAGUGUUAUUCAACCUCAGAUUGUGCAAUCACAAAUGAUAGUCCCACAAAUCCAUAUUUGUGAAGCGCUACCAGUCGCCCGACCCAGUAAAGCAGUCACAGCAGUUAUCCCACAGAAACGAUCAGGCAUUCCUGUUCCUGUAGCAGCUUCGGGGAGAGUUGUGAAUAUAAACAAAUAA